ACAGACUGGGCUGGAAAAGGUCCCAUUAGCUACGAUGAGCUCAAGCCGAUCACCGAGGCUCCCACUGGGGAUGUCACCAUCAUCGACGUCCGUGAGCCGUCGGAGACUGCGCAGGGCAUGAUCCCUUCAGCGGUCAACGUCCCCCUCUCUGAAUGGCCUGUAGCAUUCAAGUCGUCCUCUGGCGGUAACUUCGAGCAGAAGUACGCCCUUCCCCGCCCAGAGUACGGUCAGAAGAUGAUCGUCUACUGCCGUACGGGCAAGCGCAGUCAACAAGCUUUGGAGGAGCUCAAGAAGGAGGGGUGGGCCAAUGUAAGGAACUUUGUCGGGAGCUGGACUGAAUGGUCGAAGCAGGAGAAGGCGAGGGGCAAG